CAUUACGUCGCUGCAGAUGUAACGAAAUUUUAGUGUAUUGUACUCAAAACAAAUAUAAUUUACCACUCAAAAUGGCUUGCAAAAAACCCUUAGGGCCCGGUCCGGGCGCGUACAAACUGCCAACAACGGUGGGGUUCCCAUCCCACGACCCUUCUCGUUAUCGAAACCCAAUGUUCUCUUUUGGGACCAACGCUGGAUUCAGAGUGAAGCAGCUCGGUCCCGGACCGGCGUACCGCAUCGACCGGAUUACUCGAGAGGGACUGAUGUCAUCACCGGCUUGGAGCUUCGGGGCACGGUUUCCCACCCGCGCAACGAUGCGAACCCCCGGACCUGGCGCGCACGCUCCGGAGCGCUGUCCGCCGACGCGCGAGCCCCGUGCGCCGCAAUACUCGAUGGGUGCCCGUCUCGGCUUUGCGCUCAAGCGGCCAGGCCCUGCAUCUAACGCUUACGCCUUGCGCCUCGGGCCCGGAACCCCGGCGUAUACGAUGGGGGCCCGCGUCGGUUUCAAUCUUAAGGCGAAAUCUCCGGGACCCGCUGUCUAUUUUCAGAGAGACGCUGAUGUGUAUAAAACAAGGUCCCCGCGCUACACGCUGGGCGCGCGGGCAGAGGGCGCGGGGCGCGCCACACGCACUCCCGGCCCCGCCGCCUACCCGCCUAACCUCUACAAUACCAAGAAGAAUCCCUAUUCGUACUCGUUCGGCACGAAGCACGGCGACUACGCGCCGCCCAUGAUCAUUAAGGAGGACACUAUGGACUGUCUGUGAUAAGAUGUAUGAUGGAACAAUGCCAGUUAUGAGUUGGAUGAAAUAACAGCACCUUAGCAGUUUUCUUCAGACAAACUACUUGUAUAGUUGUUAUGUAACUUUAUUGUAAACUAACUUUUUUUUUUAAACUGUAAUCAUUGUAAGUUUUAAAUGAAUGUGUACUUUUUGUUAAGAAGAAAAAUUCAGUAAUGUUAAUUUCUAACAAUGACUUUCCGAGAUCUAUGUUUUUGUAUUUUGGUGAGG